AGCCAGUGUCCUGGUCCACCACCUGUCGGCGAAACUAACUACCGUCACCGAGAAAAUUCACGACCCUGCAAGCAUCCGUCGAUAGCUUCGCGAGGCUACAAUCCACCAAGCAGCUUCCACCAUCCCCGAUACCUCGACCUCGCGGCAGUGAACAGCCCCCGGCCCUUGGAACGCGAACUUAUUCACUCGAUCCAUUCCCUCUUUCCAUUGGAAUCCAUUCACCAAGCUCUCCGCCACCAGGUCCUGCGACUCGUCCAUCCGCCACCAUGAUUCACCCAUCACGGCAGGCGUACGUGGAGGAGGCCGACACGAACCAAGGAAUCGCCCUGGAAGAUGUCCCCGAUGACCACGAUUAUGAUAUCCACAUGGGCGGCUCCGGAGUUGCCCCCGAGAAAGCCUCCGCCAUCCUCAACCAGUUCAAUCGCAAGAGGCUCGCCGCGACCAUAGCUGUGCCAACCGACGAUGGCCGAGUCCGCGCCAAGCUCAGAGAGAUGGGGGAACCCAUUACCCUCUUCGGGGAGGGGCCUGUGGAUCGUCGUGAUCGUUUGCGCGAGCUUCUGACAAUCCAGGCGGAGAUGUCAGGGCUGGAGAACGGUGACAUCACCAUGGAGGACGCGCCGGAGGAUGAGGCAGAGGAGGAGCAAGAGGAGGAGUUCUACUCACGAGGCGGCCCCGAGCUGUUGCAGGCUCGCAUCAAGCUCUCCGAGUAUUCGCUACCCCGAGCGAAGCGGAGAACCACGUUCCAAAAGGCCGAGUCCACGAUUCCUCUACGCACACACGUCAAGUUCCGAAAACAUAUCAAGGAGAGGUUACAAGCCUUCGAGCUUCAAGGCAGUCAGAUUGUCGGCGAAAGGAACCUUAGCAUCACCAGGGUAUCCCCCAACGGAGAGCUGGUAGCUGUGGGCAACUGGGGUGGACAAGUCAAGCUGGUUGAGAUACCCAGCUUAACUGAGAAGAAGACCUUCCGUGGCCACACCAACAAAAUCAGCGGUAUAUCGUGGUUCCCUGGUGCCACCAUCCCCGAACAGGGUGUCUCUCCAGACUCGGUCAACCUGGCUUCGGGUGGCGCUGAUAGCCUCAUCAACCUUUGGUCAUUAAACCAAGACACGCCUUUGUCAACGCUGCAAGGCCACUCCCAGCGUGUCUGCCGCACCGAGUUCCAUCCUUCUGGACGCUAUCUCGCGUCUGCGUCUGAGGACACCUCAUGGCGCCUCUGGGAUGUGGAGACGACGGCAGAGGUGCUCCUGCAGGAGGGACACUCCCGAGGUGUCUACGCCAUCAGCUUCAACACUGACGGAUCCUUGCUGGCUAGUGCAGGUCUUGACAGCAUCGGCAGAAUUUGGGAUCUGAGGUCCGGACGCACGGUGAUGAUCUUGGAUGGGCAUCUGGACGGUCACAUUAAGCCGAUUCACGCUCUUGACUGGAGCUCUGACGGACACCGAGUUCUGACUGGGUCUGCGGACGGUUGGAUCAAGUGUUGGGAUGUACGAAAAGUGCAGAGGACUGGUGGUAUUGGUGCGCACACCAGCUUGGUUUCGGACAUGCGUUGGUUCAAGGGCAUGGACGACCCGGUUGAUGGCAUUCCUCCGGGCGUGGAUGAGAAGGGAGCUCAACUGCCCAAGAAGUCGGGCACCUUUUUCGUGUCGAGUGGAUUCGACAAGAACGUCAAGAUCUUCUCAGCAGACGACUGGUCAUUGGUCCAGACACUAAGCGGCCACACGGGGCCGGUUGCCAGCGUCGACUACAGUAGGGACGGCAAGUGGAUUGUCAGCGGAGGACAUGAUCGCACGGUGAAGCUCUGGGGCCGCAACGACGGCGAAGGUAUCUGAGGAGCAGGGAUAGAUCUUUUGCGAAACUAAUGUGCAUUACUUUGAGAUACCCCGGACCGCACGGCUUCUUCGGCAAGACAUCAUCAGGUAGCUUUGGCGGUGAAUUGGAUCGAGGGGGAGCAUCAAUAAUCAACCAACAUUCUUUUGUUCAGGUGCAUAAAUGGC